AUGUGGGCAUGCAAGAGGCUGAACUUUGAUCUAGCAAGUGCGGGGAAAGUCCGGAAGCUGCAACUAAACCAGUUGGUCGAAUGGCGAAAGGACACGUACGAAAAUGCCAAGAUCUAUAAGGAGAGAACCAAGAAGUGGCAUGAUGACCGCAUAAACAACCGCAUGUUCGUCGAACAUGUAUUAUUGUUUAAUGCACGUUUGCGAUUGUUUCCAGGGAGGUUGAAGUCUCGCUGGUCUGGGCCAUUCCGCAUCAAGACUAUAUUUUCCCACGACGCAGUGGAACUAACAACUGAAGACAGAAACAACGCAUUUAAAGUCAGUGGUCAACGAAUUAAGCAUUACUACAGGGGCGAUGUGGAUCAACGCAUGGAGACCAUUGACUUGGGCAAGCAGGAUUAA